AGGCUGGCUGGGCUCGAAGCCCAGUACAUUGUUCACCUAACCCUAACGCACACGCGAGAGCUUCCAGUUCUAGGGUAGGGGCUCAGCUCCGCCGCCGGCACCAUCUCCGGCGCUCAACCACUGCGAUCCUAACCGAAUCUUACCACGAACCCACGGCGAUUCCGAUGAUGUCGCGCUUCGGGAAGGCCGUCCUCCUCUGCUUGGCCCUGUUCACCGCAUGGCACCUCUGCUCGACCCUGUUCGCCGACGCGCCUCCUGCUCCUGGUAGCGACCCUGAGGAGGAGGCGCCGGUAGCGAGCGACGCGGCCGGGAAAGCGUCCGGCCUGCCUCUCGCCAGGGAGGCCGGCGUCCGGGAGGCGGCCGGAGCGGGGCGCAACUUCGUCAUCUCGCCGCUGUCCAUCCACGCGGCGCUCGCGAUGGUGACCGCCGGCGCGCGAGGCGACACUCGCAGGGAGCUCCUGGGUUUCCUCGGGUCAGCGUCGCUCGACGAGCUGCACCGCUCGCCGGCGAUCAAGCUUGUGGGCAGGCUCAACGGCCUGACGCAGACGUCCUUCGCCUGCGGCGUGUGGGUCGACCAGAGGCGGGCGCUCAGGCCAGAGUUCACGGCCACCGGCGCGUCGCGGUACGCCGCCACGGCAGAAUCUGUGGACUUUGUGUCGGGAGCCGAGCUGGCGAGGCGGCGCGUGAACGCCUUUGUGGCGGACGCGACGAACCAGCGCAUCCAUGACAUCCUCCCUCCCGGCUCCGUCGACUCGUCCACGGCGGUCGUGCUCGCCAAUGCUCUCUACUUCAAAGGAGCGUGGUCUCACCCGUUCGACGUCUUCACCGCGCCGUUCCACGUCCCGGGCGGCACCACCGUGCGCGUGCCAUCCAUGACGACAGGCCGGUCACAGUACAUCGCUCUCUACCCGGGCUUCAGGGCCCUCAAGCUGCCCUACAGGACCGACGGCGAUCGGCAAGCUGCUGCAUUCUACAUGCUUAUCCUUCUCCCGGACAGCGCCACUCUCAGCCUCACGGAUCUCUAUGACAUGGCGGUGUCGAUGCCAGAGUUCAUAAGGAAGCACACGCCGGAAGAGGAAGUUCCAGUGGGGCAGUUCAUGGUGCCCAAGUUCAAGUUCACGUCUGAAUUUGAUGUGUCCUUGGACAUGCAGAAGCUUGGUGUCACCAGGGCUUUCGCAGGCGGUGACUUCUCAGGCAUGGUGAGCGAUGGGGAUGGGCGGCUCUCCAUCAGCGGGGUGCUCCAUAAGGCCACCAUCGAGGUGGACGAGCUAGGCACUGUGGCCGCUGCUGCCACGGCCAUAGUCAUGUAUGGUAGUGCACGUUCAAGCAAACCACCGCGCCUGGUCGAUUUUGUGGCAGAUCGGCCGUUCUUAUUUGCCGUGGUCGAGGAGAGGACGAGCACAACAUUGUUCCUUGGUCAUGUUGUCAAUCCUCUUGCUAACUGAUUGAAAUGUGGAAUCGUUGUCUGAUCCAAUUAUAUGUGUUAAUUCAGGAGGGUAGCGCUA